AUGCGAGCCGCAGUUCCUGGCCUCCCUGACUUGUUAGAGAAAGGACUGAAUCGGGGACUACCCCUCGCCCAGGGACAACACUGGAUGCCGAGGUCACAGGGACUUCACAAAGAAUGGCUAACCGCGACUGGACAGACCAGUCACUGCUUAAACUGUGGGAGGCCUGGGAAUGAAUCGUGUGACGAGAAGGGUUGGGUCGGUUGGUUUGAAAACCGACGAUGCCAGCCCUGUUACAAUUGGCGAUGGACCUAUGGACACGAGAAGCCGACGGACCUGAUCACCGACGAAGAGAUGCACAACAUCUGGGUCGGGAACGGCAACAAAGACGCAUGUGGCAACCCAGCUUGCCAAGAACCACGAAACCCUGAAAAGGGAACUUCCAAUUUCUGGGGCCCGGACAUGAGAUGUGGUGCCUGUUCUCGAUAUAAGAACACCCAUGACAAUGAUCCAGAGAGCCCGCGUCUUGGUCUAACGGCGACCAAGCAUCCAAGUUGGGUGGCUGAAGGGAACGAUGAUGUUUACGGAACAUGUCACACCCCUCGACCGACCGAUAGCCACCUGCUUGGAUGGCAAGGCUGGAUGACAUUGUCGAAAUGCGGAGCAUGUUUGUACAAGCCCAGUGCGGAGGAGGAUGCGGCCUGGGCCGAGAUGUAUGGGGACAUAUGUGCCAUUUGCGGCGUGGGAAGGAGGUUCACCCGGCGACUUCGAAACCGGUGUGAUUUCCGGCGGUGUAAUACUUGUGUGAUUUUUCUCCCGAAAAAUCACAGAGACAAGGCGGGAGACGAGGUAGACAACGGGACACUUGCGUUGCAGAAGGAGUGGUUGGCGGAGGGUAACGCCGAUGUAUGUCAACUGUGCGGCAAGGAGAGGGAAGGGGGCGGGAAGUUCUACGGGUUAAGAGAGAACACCAAGUGCAGAACAUGUUAUGCCAGGGUGAACUACCAUGCCGAACUACCAGACCAAGCAUCUGGGUUGGGUGGCUGA